AUGUUAGAAGACUAUAAUGGUGAACAAGGCCAUCAGGAAUAUAGUCGACCAAAAUCGAGUCUCGAGACCAACAUGUCUAUAUCACUGGUUAAAUACAAAGAGGCCUGUAAGUUGGCUCGGUUUCUUCGGAGAAAUCUAUUCUAUAUGCAAAAACCUCGGAAGAAACAGACAAAGAAGCAAAAAGCAGCUCAAAAGAGAAGACGCAUUACCCUUGACGAAUUAUUUAAGCGUCGAGAAAAAGAGGAACAAUCUCUUUCAACAAGUCGAACUAGACGUUCACUUGAACUUACUUUUGAAGGAUUGGUCGUGUAUGGUAAAGUCGAAAUUCGUCUUGCGCUCGAAUGUGAAAUUACUCUUUAUAAAAUCAAAAAGGAUCAUUCAAAAAAACGCAAAUUAAAUAAUGGACAUUAUGAUACUUGCGAAUAUAAACAAAUCUUUCGUUCUUGUAUUCCUUUAGCAUAUGGGACUGACGGAUGCUUUGCAAAAGAUCUUCGGACUGUACAACCGUAUAUAACAAGUUUCGAAGAAAUCGGGGAUCCGAUUCCAGACAUUAUUUUAAAUUUUCGCAUUUAUGCAUUAAAUUGUCAAGCGUGGCCACCUCUUGCGACCUUCUCACCUAAUCAAAAAGGAUUAGGUAAUGAGCAUUCAAAAUUGAACGUGGUUCGAAAUGUUGGUGAUUGUAUUGACAUUCGUAGGUUUCUUUGUGGUCAGUUGGGUGUGAUUGAAGGGGAAGGGGGAAAGUUUGUUAAUGAUGGGCAAUAUGAUAUUAAUCUUAAACUUGCGAGAGAACAAGGCUCUAUAAUACCCUCAGAUUGGAAGUUACGUUUUUCCCUUAAUUGGGAUUGUAAAAUGCACCUUCCCUUGAGACCAAUAGAUUCUAAACCAUUUAUAGUUUUCAACACUUCAAGGGAUGAUUCUCCAGUUUCAUACAUAUUUCGUGUGGCUGACUGUGAGUUAACUCAAACAGUUAAAGGAUUCCGUUGUCCAUGGUGUAGCUUCAUCCAUUUUAAGGACAGUAAAUGCUUAAUGUAUCAUCUUCAAAAUAAUCAUGUUCAUUUAAAAUUCAGAACAAAAAAUGGAAAACAACUUCCAAGUGAUCGAAUUAUUAUUGUGACUUCAAAUGAAGACUUUUCAGAGUUCGAUUAUUUCUUAAUUGAUAAGCGAGAUGGUAGUUGGACUGUUAAGCCAUUUAUUUAUCCAUUAAAAAAUUACACUGUGCCACCUCUUGCUAUAUCAUCAUUGCCGACUAGCAACUUUUAUCAUUCCCACACAUUUAUGCCUUUCAAGGAAGGAGAUACUGACUCCGAAGAUGAGAUAUGUACACAUUGGUUAGAACAAUUAAACGAUGAGACGUUAGAUGAACUUUCAGAUGAUUUCAAUUCAUAUAGAGGACUUGCGGAUAGAAAUCUUUCUAUUGUUUGUGUCGAAUUUGCCAAAUCACGCUCUGUGGCUCGAGGUUGUAAUACGAUUUAG